UCAAAAUAUUGUGAAUUUUGCUUCCCCACCCUGUACAUUUUGAAAAACUACCCCCUUGCUAGAGUGUUAACAACAAACAAACUGAACCAAAAACAACAGCCCUUGCCUCCCCUUGGGGUAAUAAACCACAACCACUUCAAUACUUUCCUGUACAGUGGAUUUUUGAUAAGGUUAUCCUUUUCUGAUCAGGGGUUAGUCUAAUUUCUUACUGUAUGUUAUAUGAUUUUGCUUUGCUUUCAUAAACAAGUUGUAUUAAUUUCAUAUUCCUUCUAUGAACUUUACAUGUACAUGCAUUGCAUAAAUACUAAAAAUGAAAAUUUGUGCUUGGUUUUGCAUUGUUUAUUUUGUUUGUUUGUUUUUUUUUUAGAACAAAUUCCUUGACAUACAGUUCAGUCUCAUACAUAUCGUACAAUUCUUGUCUUAUACAUAUUUUUUCUCUACUCAUACACACACACACAUACUGUAUGUGCAGGGAAAAGAAAGCAGAGGGGGGGAAAAAAAGACCAAAAAAAACAAACACUCCUCGGUUCACAUUUGUUCAUAUAAGUAAAGCAUAACAGCUUUAUUAGGCGUGUUUGCGUCAAGUCCCAGAAAUGAGUCCAACGGUGUUUUUCCCAGCAGCCGUAAAGAGGUGUGUCUGUACCUGUUCAGAGAAAAUCAGCUGAUAAGAGCGUCAGUUCUGUCAGAGCCUCAGGAAACAUAGACAAGCACUCACACAGUAAAGAUAUACUGUGUACACACUAAAACCACACCAAAUCAGUCAGGAGUUAAUGUUUAUUGUGUAUGCAUACACAAAAACACAUGGCAGAUGUUCCUAAAUGCUGCAUCUGUUUGGAUGAAUUCACCAACCCAGCUUCCCUCCCAUGCGGCCACUGUUUCUGCCUGAGCUGUAUCGGAGAAUACUUCAGGAUCCAUGGAGCCUGUCAGUGCCCCCUGUGCAAAACCUUCUUCCCUACUUGGCCCCAACUCAAAACAGACCAAACACUGCACACUGAGCGAGCAAGUGCACCUUUAAGAGCCGGAGAGGUUACUUGUGAUUUUUGCUCGGCACAGCGUAGAGCGGUAAAGUCUUGCCUGAAGUGUCUGGCCUCUUACUGCGACUCACAUCUGCAGCCACAUUACCAGAGUGAAGAACUUGGGCGCCACCUUCUGAUCAGUGUGGAUAAGAACCUGGAGGACUCUGUGUGCAGACUGCAUGGGAGGCAGUUGGGCAGGUUCUGCAGCAGUGAUCAAACAUGUGUCUGUGUCAUGUGUGCACAGACUGACCACAGGGGCCAUCGCAUUAUUUCCAUCACUAAGGAAGCUGCAAAGAAGAAGGUUAAACUUAAACGUAAAAGAAUGAAACUACAGCAAACGCUUCAAGAGAAAUUGAGUAAAAUUGAAAAACUCAGAUUGUCCAUGAACCUCAGCCAUGACGACCAAAAGGAGACACAGAGUCAUCAUAAAGAACUAAUCAAGGAGCUGGAGGAGGACAUUUCUGAACUGCAGAUGAGAAACGACGAGCUGGAGCAGCUUUCGCAUGUUGAGGACAGCCUCCACUUCCUUCAGAGAUUUCUACUCACUGCAUCAUCAUAACGGUUGGACAAAGAGGAUCAUGACUCACUGUGAAGAGCACCGCAAGGUUUUACAUGUAAAAAUAAAAUGUAAUGUUUUCUACGGUGGCUGACAAGGGCCAAACACAUUGUAACAGGCCAAUGCGUCUCAGUUAACAGCUGCGAGUAGCAACGUUAU